AUGUCGAUACAAAGGCCACAAUUUUCACAUAAAAACCCAUUAAAUUUACAAGCAUCUGCUGCUGAUGAUGAUGAUGAUGACAUUAACGGCUCUGGAUUGACCGAGGAACAACAGCUUCUACAAGAAGAUAUUGACGGGUCACAUCUUGCACGACGCAAGCGGAAAACCGGGGCCCAAGUGCGUCUUGAUUUUGAUUCUGAUUCCUCUGAUGAUGGUCAGACGCGUCGGGAGAAAGGAUUAAUUCAAGAACAACGCAAAAAGUUACGGCAAAGCAAAAGUAAGGGUCGGGAAGAUGAUGAUAGUGAUGACAUGUUUGGAGACAGCGAUGAAGAUAAAGAUGAACCAGAUGAAAGAGAACUGGAACUUGACCGAGCAGAGGCUGAGCUGAAUAAGAGCAAGCGAACGGUGGAGUUUUUGGAUGUGGACAGGUUUGAACAGGAAAUGAAUGGGGGAGAAGAAAGUCGUGAGACAAAAAAGACUACCCGGAAUAUGCUGUUUGAUGAAGAGGACGCAGGAGCAGAUGCAGAUUCAGAAGCAGACAUAGAUGAUAAGGAAGAUGAAGUGACGGCAACCAAUGUUGACAUUGAUUACUUUGUACGACCAGACUCAGAUUACCAAGAAGAAGAAAAAGAAGCUGAAGAUGGGGAUGGAGAGGAUAAGAUGGAUGUUGAUGAAGAAGAAGAUAUUCUACGAAGGAAAAAAAAGAAACCAGUACAGGAGCCCAAGCUAGAGGGGUUCAAUUUGCGGGACGAUUUGGAGGAAGGCAAAUUUGACGUUGAGGGCAACUUUAUUCGACAUGCAGCGGAUGAGAAUGUACACCAGGAUGCGUGGUUAGAGGGAGUGAGCAAAAAGGAUAUUGCCAAGGCGCGGCGGGCACAUUUGCAACGACAGCGGGACGACGAAACCAAAGAACGCACUGGGACCAGGGAGAACGGGAAAACAGUUUCUGGGGAGUAUGUGGAAACUUCUGAUUACUUACAGAGGUUGAUUGAGCGGUUAGAUGUGUGUGAAACUCCGAUGGAGGCAUUACAGAAUUUGCGGAAAGAGCAGAUUCAGGAUAAGAAGCGGCAGCAACUGGAAAAGAAACAUAAGAGACGAAGACGGCCACAGGAUACCAUGGAAGAGUCAGCUGAGGAUAGUCGGGAGGUUCAGAAACGAAAGGAUAAUCAGAAAAAGGUGGAAGAAAUUACAGAAUGCACAGACUCACUGUUGAACCGGGGGUUGGCAGAUGUAUACUCGAUGAUGCGUGAAGAGCUUAUGAAGUUGUAUACCAGGGAGACUGGUGAAGUAUUUCGGGCUAAGAGGAAGCGUGAGGACACGGAUGUUGGUCGGGAAGAAGAAAAAGAAAAAGAUGGAAAAGACGAAAGAGAAGAAAAAGAGAAAAUACAGGAUCACCAAGUAGGUACUAAACAGGAUGAUGAUAGGAUAUGGGAGUUUCAAUGGGAAGGGUCUGACGAAAUACAUGGACCUUACGACUCGGCGACGAUGCGGGACUGGAUCGCUGGGGGGUAUUUCCAAGAGGCGCGUGCACUUGUUCGGCCGGCUGGGACUCAGGAUUCGUUUGAGCCUUUGGAAAGCACUGACAUAUUUAAAUGA